AUGAGUACAGACGAAAGAAUCUCACCUUCUACAGAAACUGAACUUCAUCAUCGUUAUGUUGGAUCAGAAGAAAAUACAAAUGUAUCCCCAUCAUUGAGACCAGCACCGACGAACGUUGCUUCGCCGGUGACGGAAGAUGAUGACAUGGAACCGUUACCAUCGCAACCAAGCGGAGCGAAUAUGAUUUCGGAAGAGUCAGUUAUUCAAACCUUCAUGCAAUAUUUCGAUCGAUUGCUUGUUGGUCUUGAUCCACGCUGGCGUAAUUGGAUUAUUCGUGGAAUAUUUUCGUGGGUUAUGAUUCUCGGCUUUGCUAAAUUAGUAUCCAUGGGCCCACUUGUCGUAUCUUUAGUCGUUUUGCUUAUACAAAUCAAAUGUUUUCAAGAAAUCAUUAAUAUUGGUUAUAUUGUCUAUAAAUCUCAUAAUUUGCCAUGGUUUCGUACGUUGUCCUGGUAUUUCUUGUUCACAUCUAACUAUUGGCUUUAUGGAGAAAGCUUAAUUCAUCAUUUUGGUUCUAUGAUGAAUAAAAACAACUUUCUUCAACCACUAGUCACCUAUCAUCGUAUGAUCGCAUUUCUUCUAUACACGAGUGGAUUUGUUGGAUUUGUAUUAAGUUUAAAAAAGACUUAUUAUCUCAAACAAUUCACUCUCUUCGGUUACACGCACAUCACUCUGAUGAUUCUAGUCACAUCAAGUCAUCAAAUGAUACAGAAUAUCUGCGAAGGUAUGAUAUGGUUUCUCUUUCCUGUUUCAUUGAUUAUUUGUAAUGAUAUCAUGGCUUACAUGUUUGGUUUCUUCUACGGUCGUACACCAUUAACGAAAUUGUCACCAAAGAAAACCUGGGAAGGUUUCAUUGGCGGUGGAGUAUCAACAUUGGUCUUUGGCUUUAUCCUAGCUGGCAUACUGAGUCGUUACCAAUUUCUUGUCUGUCCAUUGGAAUAUGAUGAUGAACAUAGUCGACUGGCAACAUCAUGUAUUCCGAGUCCGUUAUUUCAAAAGACGGUUUAUUCAAUGCCGAAGCCAUUUUCACUAUUUAAACGUUCGCUAGAAUUGUAUCCAUUUCAAUUACAUUCGUUGGUUCUGUCCUUAUUCGCGUCGAGUAUUGGACCGUUUGGAGGAUUCUUCGCUAGUGGAUUCAAACGAGCAUUUCGCAUUAAAGAUUUCGCAGCCACAAUUCCUGGCCAUGGUGGAUUUGUCGAUCGAUUCGAUUGUCAAAUUAUCAUGGCAUUAUUUACAAAUGUUUAUAUCUCAACAUUUGCACGUGUUGCAUCUCCAACGAAACUCUUGCAACAAGUAUUAGCAUUAACACCUGAAAAUCGCGAAGAAUUUCUUCGACUCCUCCGUAAUCAUAUCAAAUGA